AUGGAUCUGAUUAAUACUUCAGAGCGGAACUGGGACGAUACACCUGUUGAAAUUCCCCCAGAAGUGGUCCAAACAAUUAUUGGAAUAGAACGACUGCAACAUGAACAGUUCCAUAAUACCACCACUGUCAUCCCGACUAUCACGUUCGAUAGUCUCCUUUUAAAUCACAGAGCAUCCAAUAGUGAUUACCCGAACGAAGCGUUAGCCGAAUUAGGACCGGAAUUUCCAAGAGCCGAAUUAGGCGCUGAAUUCGAUGGUGAUCAAGCUCCAAGUGGUUGUGACAUCGAACUACCAAAAACUAACCUCAACAGAGUGAUGUAUAGCAACGUUCGCGAAUAUGGCACAGAUCUCUGUGCAGAAAUUUGUCCGACCAGCAACAACUGUGGUUCAGGCUUAGAGGAAAACUCAACAAUAACGGCUAUAAGAAUUCAAUUACAACAGCAGCGAGAGAAGUUCCUAGCAUUGCAAGAGAAUAUGUUAGGCUUAAAUGGUCAAAUAAAGCAGCGAUACGAGACGAUUUUAGAAUUUCCAAGGCAGUUGAAUACGGAACACGAGUUUCAUCGGCCGAAUGUCCCGACGAUAGACCAACAGCUACAGCUACCACUACAGACGAAGGUGAGCUCUGUUUAUCAAGUCCCAACGUCUGAACAUUUUGAUGGAACGCACUCGGAAAUCGCCGAAACAAUCAGGACGAAUCAACUGUCGUCACUAAGGUACUCUGGUCGAAUGGAACAUAUCCAAGAAAUUGACAUUUUGCACUCGUCUACAGGAGACGUCACACGAUCGGAAGACGAUGCAGAACUGCAUUGUAAAUCAGAACAUCCAACGCCAUCAUAUCAAGAAGAUAGUUUCAACCUAUCAGAAGAGUCAUUUAGGAUGAAGCAGGUUCGUUCCGACCAGAUUAGUAAAGGUGAAACCGAGACAUCUACUAGAAAGCCACGAGACUCUCCUAAAAGAUCGAAAAUUUAUACCUGUGGAGAGUGUAAGAAGGAAUUCAAUUGGAAGGGCAGUCUUACCGUACAUUUAAGGAUCCACAGUGGCGAGAAGCCCCACAAGUGUAAGCAUUGUAAUUCUGCUUUCAGUCAAUCAAGCGGUUUGAAAAAACAUCAACUGGUUCACUCUGGUGAGAGACCCUACAAGUGUAAGGAUUGUAAUUCUGCUUUCAGUCUAUUAAACACUUUGAAAAUACAUCAACGGGUUCAUACCGGUGAGAGACCCUACAAGUGUAAGCAUUGUAAUUCUGCUUUCAGUCAAUCAAGCGGUUUGAAAAAACAUCAACUGGUUCACUCUGGUGAGAGACCCUACAAGUGUAAGGAUUGUAAUUCUGCUUUCAGUCUAUUAAACACAUUGAAAGCACAUCAACGGGUUCAUACCGGUGAGAGACCCUACAAGUGUAAGGAUUGUAAUUCUGCUUUCAGUCAAUCAAGCGGUUUGAAAAAACAUCAACUGGUUCACUCUGGUGAGAGACCGUACAAGUGUAAAGAUUGUAAUUCUGCUUUCGGUCUAUUACGCACUUUGAAAACACAUCAACGGGUUCAUACCGGUGAGAGACCCUACAAGUGUAAGGAUUGUAAUUCUGCUUUCAGUCUAUUAAACACUUUGAAAAUACAUCAACGGGUUCAUACCGGUGAGAGACCCUACAAGUGUAAGCAUUGUAAUUCUGCUUUCAGUCAAUCAAGCGGUUUGAAAAAACAUCAACUGGUUCACUCUGGUGAGAGACCCUACAAGUGUAAAGAUUGUAAUUUUGCUUUCGGCGAUCUAAGCAAUUUGAUAAAACAUCAACUGGUUCACUCUGGUGAGAGACCCUACAAGUGUAAGGAUUGUAAUUCUGCUUUCAGUCAAUCAGGCGGUUUAAUAAGACAUCAACGGGUUCAUUCCGGUGAGAGACCCUACAAGUGUAAGGAUUGUAAUUCUGCUUUCAGUCUAUUAAACACUUUGAAAAUACAUCAACGGGUUCAUACCGGUGAGAGACCCUACAAGUGUAAGCAUUGUAAUUCUGCUUUCAGUCAAUCAAGCGGUUUGAAAAAACAUCAACUGGUUCACUCUGGUGAGAGACCCUACAAGUGUAAGGAUUGUAAUUCUGCUUUCAGUCUAUUAAACACUUUGAAAAUACAUCAACGGCUUCAUACCGGUGAGAGACCCUACAAGUGUAAGCAUUGUAAUUCUGCUUUCAGUCAAUCAAGCGGUUUGAAAAAACAUCAACUGGUUCACUCUGGUGAGAGACCCUACAAGUGUAAGGAUUGUAAUUCUGCUUUCAGUCUAUUAAACACUUUGAAAAUACAUCAACGGCUUCAUACCGGUGAGAGACCCUACAAGUGUAAGGAUUGUAAUUCUGCUUUCAGUCAAUCAGGCGGUUUGAUAAGACAUCAACGGGUUCAUUCCAGCGAGAAGCCCCACAAGUGUAAGGAUUGUGAUUCUUCUUUCAGUCAAUUAAGCAAUUUAAGAACACAUCAACUGGUUCACUCUGGCGAGAAGCCCUACAAAUGUAAGGAUUGUAAUUCUGCUUUCAUUCAACCAAGCAGUUUGAGAACACAUCAACGUAUUCACUCUGGCGACAAGCCCUACAAGUGUAAUGAUUGUAAUUCUGCUUUCAGUCGAUCAGGAAGUUUGAGAAGACAUCAACGAAUUCAUUCCGGUGAGAGACCCUACAAGUGUAAGGAGUGCGUUGCUGCGUUCAAACAUUCUAGCACUCUGAAGGCACAUCAACGAAUUCAUUUCGGUGAGAAGCCAUUCAAAUGUAAGGAAUGCGAUGCUGCAUUCAGUCAAUCAGGCAAUUUGAAAACACAUCAAUGGAUUCAUUCUAAUGAGAAGCCCUACAAGUGCAAGGAAUGCAACGCUGCAUUCAAUCAUUUAGGCAGUUUCAAAGCACAUCAACGUAUUCAUUCUAAUGAGAAACCCUACAAGUGCGAGGAAUGCGAUGCUGCAUUCAGUCAAUCAAGCAGUUUAAAAACACAUCAACGAAUUCAUUCUAAUGAGAAACCCUACGAGUGCAAGGAUUGCGAUGCUGCUUUCAGUCAAUUAGGCAGUUUGAAAGCACAUGAACGGAUUCAUUCUCAUGAGAAGCCCUACAAGUGCAAGGAAUGCGCUGCCGCUUUCACUCAAUUAGGCAAUUUGAAAAGACAUCAAUGGAUUCAUUCCGAUGAAAAGCCCUACAGGUGUAAGGAAUGCGCUGCCGCUUUCACUCAUUUAUGCAAUUUGAAAAGACAUCAACGGAUUCAUUCUAAUGAAAAGCCCUACAAGUGUAAGGAAUGCGCUGCCGCUUUCACUCAUUUAAGCAAUUUGAAAAGACAUCAAUGGAUUCAUUCCGAUGAAAAGCCGUUCGCGUGCGAUAUUUGCAAAAAAUCAUUCCGACAAAAGGGUACUUUGGCGAAUCAUAUGGAUAUUCACAGCGGUAAAAAGUCGCACAAGUGCAACGUAUGCCAAAAGGAAUUUCGCCGUCGAUCUAGUUUGAAGAAGCACCUAGAAGUCCACUCUAAAGAGAAGCUAGCGCAGCCUUAAAAGAAUUAAAGUUUGAUUGGAACGAGCUGUUUUGGGCAAUCAGAAUCUGUUAUGUGAUAUGACUAUAGUUUUUGAAUUUUGUACAUUUUCUUAUUUUCAUUUAAACAUGCUUAAACUA